AUGCCUGAUUUUCAACUGGCUUCCGACUUUAGAAUGACCGGCGACCAGCCGCGCGCAGUGGAACGGCUGGUGGAAGGGGUCAAUGAGGGUAUGGUCCACCAGACCCUUCUCGGCGUGACUGGAAGCGGCAAGACCUUCACCAUGGCCAAUAUCAUCCAGGAAGUCCAACGGCCCACCCUGGUCAUGGCCCACAACAAGACCCUGGCUGCCCAGUUAGCCACCGAGUUCAAGGAGUUCUUUCCCAACAACGCCGUUGAGUACUUCGUGUCCUACUACGACUACUACCAGCCCGAGGCCUACGUUCCCCGCAGCGAUACUUACGUGGAGAAGGACGCCAGCGUCAACGAGGAACUGGACAAACUACGGCUCUCCGCCACUACUUCCCUGUUAACCCGGCGGGAUGUACUGAUCGUUGCUUCCGUUUCCUGCAUCUAUGGCCUGGGCGACCCACAAGACUAUUUCAACCUGGUGGCGCAGAUCAGAGUCGGAGAGAUUCGCGAACGAACAAGGCUGCUGCGCCAGCUCGUCGAAAUGCAGUACGAGCGCAACGAUAUGGAACUGUCUCGUGGCAAGUUCAGGGUUCGUGGCGACACCCUGGAACUGGUUCCGGCCUACGAGGAAGUGGCCAUAAGCAUCCAGUUCUUUGGCGACGAGGUGGAGCGGAUCGUCACUCUGGACCCUCUGACGGGGGAGGUUCUGGGUCAACAGCAAGAGACCGCCAUUUACCCGGCCAAGCACUUCGUCACCAGCAAGGAGAAGCUGGCUCUGGCUUGCACCGAUAUCCGUGAGGAAUUGGCAGAGCGACUGGCGGAACUGAAGCGGCAGGGCAAACUCCUGGAGGCCGCUCGCCUGGAAAGCCGGACCCACUACGACUUGGAGAUGCUGCAGGAAACUGGGUUUUGUGCCGGGGUUGAGAAUUAUGCUCGCCACCUGUCCCGAAGGGGGCCGGGCACUCCUCCGCACACCCUGCUGGACUACUUCCCUGAGGAUUACCUCUUAAUGGUGGACGAGUCGCACAUGACCCUGCCCCAAGUCCGGGGCAUGUACCACGGCGACCUUUCCCGCAAGCAGACAUUGGUCGACUUCGGGUUCCGCCUGCCUUCGGCCCUGGACAACCGCCCCCUGAACUUCGGCGAGUUUGAACGGCACAUCAACCAGGUGGUAUUCGUUUCGGCCACGCCCGGCCCCUACGAAAUGGAGCACGCCGCCACCGUGGUCGAGCAGGUGAUUCGCCCUACGGGUCUGCUGGAUCCCACCAUCGAGGUCAAACCUUCGGCGGGGCAGAUUGACGACUUGAUGCAACAAAUCAAGAUAAGGGUAGAACAACGGCAGCGCUGCCUGGUCACAACACUUACGAAGCGCAUGGCCGAGGAACUUGCCGACUUCCUGUCUGAGAUGGGCAUCCGUAACCAUUAUCUCCACUCCGACAUUCACACGCUGGAGCGGAUAGAAAUACUGCGCGACCUGAGGCUGGGGGUUUACGACGUUGUGGUGGGGAUCAACCUGCUGCGGGAAGGACUGGACUUGCCGGAGGUUAGCCUGGUGGCCAUUCUGGACGCCGACAAGGAAGGUUACCUGAGAUCUACCACGUCACUGAUCCAGACAAUUGGUCGCGCCGCCCGCCAUUCCGAAGGGCACGUCAUCAUGUAUGCCGAUCGGGUUACUGACUCGAUGAAAUUCGCCAUUGACGAGACGUACCGGCGCCGGGGAAUUCAGGACGUUCAUAACCGUGAAAACGGAAUUGAACCGCAAAGCAUUCAGAAAGCGGUGCACGACAUCACCGAAAGCAUCAAGGCAGUCGGCGAGAAACGGGCCAGCUACCGGGUAGUGCGGCAGGAAAUGUCCAGGGAGGACAUGUUCCGGGUAAUCAAGGACCUCGAAGUCCAGAUGAAGGACGCCGCGCGAAACCUGGAGUUCGAGAAGGCAGCGCAGGUCAGGGACGAAAUUUACGAGCUGCGGCGAAUACUGGCGGUGGAAGAAAAAACUCUGGCGGGCUAA